UUUACGAAAUUGGGUUAUCGUUGAAAAGAUGGAGCGGUCAAUAUGUGAAAUAUUACAAAUAGAAAUAUAUAUUAGUAUUAAAACGAUUUAAAUUUUAUUUUAAUUUAUCUUAGUGAUGCUAUAAAAUUUAAAUUUAUGUGAUUAUUCGUAAAACUAUUUAAAAAAAUUGCAAUUUUUAACAUAUACUGUGCUCCAAUCACGGAAGAACCAUUAUGUUGUGUCAACGUAAUCGACGGCAGCACUGACGCCUCUUCAGUAAUUAACCAAACAAAAUGGACACCAAGAUAACGAUUAAGCGAACAUUCGUGCAGUAGAUUUACAUGGAAUGUCCAGAAGAAUGGGAUUAACGUGUAUGCUACAGCAUAAAAGACGUGGAUUAACAAUGGGCACGUUAAUGUCUAAAAGAGAGAUUAUAAGAUAUUCUCUUAAGCCUAAGAUAGAGGCGAAGAGUCCUGCAGCAUAGACAUGGACUCGUACGAUUUGUUUGGUGAAGAUGUUAGUGGCUCGAUGCUUGAUGCUCUUCCUGACCUCGGGGGGAACGAUCAUUUUGACCCUGCAGGCACAAGUAAUUCUGUGGUAGUAUCUAGAGAUGGUCCAAACCCUGGUGUUAAUGGAGGAGGGAGUUAUAUUAGUCAGUCUUAUAUAUCUCAAGAAUCUCCACUUCAAAAAUUAACUUCGUUUGGUGGAUCUGAUUUUGGAAGUUCUAAUCAAUUACAAAAUCCAUCACAACGCAACAUGUUUAAUCAAAAUCUUGGUACAUUUGAUAAUGGUGCACCACAGCGUGCUAUGGUGCCAGGAGCAUUUCAAAAUCAAGCUCGAAAUAUGGCACCACAACAUAGAGGGCCUCAUCCUGGUAGUGGAGGACAAUAUCCUAACUAUAAUGAUAAUAUGUAUUCAAUGGAACAACAGCAUUCAAUGACUAGAGCAAACAUGUCUAUAGAUCCAAGUAUGCAAGGUUGGCCAGGUAGUGGAAGUGCUUAUCCACAAAUGCAGAGACAUUAUAAUCAAAUGGCACAACCUGGCACUUAUCGACAACAUAUACCUCCACAGUAUUCUCAUCAACAAGAUCAAAGUGGAGUGAUGAAUCAAAAAUUACAACAACAACAACAUUUCAGUAAUCAGCAAAGUAUGAUAGGAAAUAUAGGUGUACCACAUCAAGCAAUGCAACCUGGUGGAACAGGUAGUGUUUAUCAACAUAUGGUUGGACAACAGCAACAUUAUCAACAAGGAAAUUCAGUUACAAUGUAUCAAACAUCUCCUGGAUAUCCAGGUUUUGCCUCAGCUAUCCAUCAACAACAGCAACAACAGCAGCAACAACCUCAACAACAACCACAGAGAAUGCCACACCAUCAUCCAUCUCAUCAAACACAUCCUUCUCAUCCUCAACAAUAUCCUCAACAUUCACAACAUCCAAAUACACAACAGCAACAACAAAUAGAUUCUCAAUAUUCUCAUCAUACAACUUCAAUGUUUAAUCAACCUCAACAUUCUGGACCAACAACACAAUUUGGUACAGCUAAACAUGCUACAAGUCCACAAUAUCGUGCAACUUUUCCACAAUUAUCACCUCAAAUGUCACCUAGACCUCAGAUGUCACCACGACCACCAGCAGUACAGCAACAAAUGUCUCCUAGACCUAUUAUGUCACCAGCUAAACCUAAUACAUUAUCUCCACAUCCACAUGUUCAACUGCCACAUCAACAAUCAAAUCAAACUGGUACAAUGUCUGUAUCACCUUGUCCUCCAACUUCAAUGCAAAUGAAUCCAACAUCACAACAAACUACUCUUCAAGCAUUGGAACAAAUGGUGAUUCCAGGUGUUACUGUAUCAAAUUCAAAUGUUUCAAAUCAAGAUUAUAAUCAAUUUCAGACACGUCCAUCAAUUUCACAAGCACCAAAUGUUUUACCUCAAUCUACCGCACAAAAUUCUAUGUCACCAAUAACAGGUCCUAGAAUGCCAAUGCCAACCCAGUGGUCACAUCAACAACAACAACAACAGCAGCAGCAACAACAACAACAACAACAACAACAAAUAAGGCCAAAUGUGAAUGAAGAUAGAAAUGUAGUAGAAUCUCAACCUCCAGUAUCUGAACAAAACUCAUCAAUGUUUCCAGUAACUGGAACUGAAACUAUUCAUAGUGUUGCAGAAACUACAGUUAGAGAUUCUACAGAUUCUGUUCGUAAUGCAAUUGAAUCUUCAAAAUCAGAGAAUGAAACAUUACAUCAAAAUGUUCAAGAACAACAAGAUGUGCUUAAUCAACAAACUGAUACUUUGAUGCAAAAUAAUUCACAAAAUAAUUCACCUUUAGAACAUUCAUCUGGGAAAAUGUCUCAAGAAACUGUACAAUCUUUACCAACUUCUAGUACAAACGGAAAUGCUGAUUGUUCAAAUAUUUCAACAUUAUCUCAACAACAAUUAACACAAAAUCAAAUUCAGAUUUCUGUUUCUACUAUUGAGAAUCAGAAUACAUGUGAUAAGAAACCAAAUGAUCAACAUUUAGAACUGACUUCAAUAAAUUGUCAAACUAAUAGUGCAACUUUACAGACUCAACAACCUGCUAUUAAUAAUCAGACGCAACAACAGCAGCAGCAUAAUCAACAACAAUCUAUUAGUUGUCCACAACAAUCAGUACAACAAAUUCACAUAAAUCAAUCUCAAGUAGUAUCAACACAACAAUCUCCAAUACCAUCUCAACACACAUUGCAAUCUUCACAAUCACAAAUGAAUCAAGUACAACAACCUCAAACAAAUCAACAAUCACCUUCUCAAUCACAAUUACAACAAAUAAAUACUCCUCAACAACAAGUAUCAGUUACUCAAUCUCAACAAUCUUCAAUAUCACAGCCACAAAUUUCACAAUCUCAAUUGCAAUCCCCAUCAUCUCAACAAGCUCCAAAUUGUAUAAAUCAAGUUCAAUCAACACAACAAUCUCAAUCACAUAUAAAUUCACAAGUUAGUGUAAUUCCGCAAAAUACUCCAUUAGUUUCAUCUCAAAUGUCACAGAUACAAACUCCUUUACAAAAUUCAGGCUCUCAGUUGCAAAACCAAACUAAUCAAGUUCCAUCUACACAUCAACAACAGAUACCUACAGUUAAUCAAAGCAAUAAUAUAGUAUUGCCAUCUCAUCAAACUGCAGUAUCAGUGCCAAAUUCACAAACUCCUCAUCAAGUGCAACAAAAUUUCACGGACUAUACAAAUAUCCAAAAAAAUAACAUUUAUUCAAAUGAAAUAUUAGUGGGUUCUGCUCAACAAUAUCCCUCUAGUGGUGAUAUCAUUAGUGGUAGUACUAUGCCAAAUAUGUAUAAUAUACCACCAAAUUCAACAUCAACAGUUACAUCUGGUAGCUUUGGUACUUCAUGUACUCCAGUUACACAUCAUCAAGAAAGAGCUGCAUUACAACAGCAAUUGCAAGAAUUAUAUUGUAUGCCUCCAGCAUCUGAAAAUCAAGAAAAAAUUGUUUCUAUCCAAGAAAAAUUACAAGCUUUGCAACAACAUGAAAGUAAUGAUCAAUGCAAUGGUGGUCCACAAUGCAUAUUGCAAAGUCCAAUGUUUACAACAACUGUUGUUGAUAGUCCACAGGUUUCUAGUACUACUGGUCGUGGUCGUAGUAAAGGCACACCUAGAGCUAAAAAAAGUAGAAAAAAGGCUGAUAAAGAGGCUGUUACACCUAUAACGAUUACUCAGCAGCAGCCAGAACAACCAUUAUCAGACAAUCAAGUAACUCCUGGAGAUAGUAGUAAUGUUGUUGAUAGUGCUGCAGAUUCUGAGGAUAUUAAACCAUCUUCUGGUGAUAUAGAAGAAGAAUGGAAUAAAGGCAGGAAAUCGCGACCUCCUCCUAGAAAACCACGUAAACCAAAAGAACCAAAAGAACCAAAAGAGCCAAAAGAACCAAAAGUUAAAAAAGAACCAAAACCACCAAAGGAAACAAAAUCUCCAAAAGCGCCAAGAAAGAGAAAUAAAGACAAAGAUUCAACAAAACGUAAUAGAAAAAAAACUAAUCAUUCUGAAUCAGCUGAUGAUGAAAUUGCACAAGAAACUGAAGAAACUGCUGUCUCUGAUUCAAGUGCAGUUAAAGAAUCAGAUACAAAAUCAUCUGAACCAUCCAUUCAAAGUGAUCAUGAACAAGUACAUUCUUCAACUACUGAAUUAUUAGUAGCAGAAACAAAAGAUCAAAAUAAACAGAAAGGAGAUUCGGAAGAUAGUCCAACAGAUGAAAAAAAAGAAGAAAAUUCAGAUGCAGGUACAAUUACAGAAACUGCUACACCUAAUAAGAAAAAAGCUGCUGCUCGUAAGAGAUCAGUUGGAAAAGUUUCAUUAGGAAAAUCUCCUAGAAGUUCAAAAAAGCGAAAAAGUCGAAUUGCACCUGAUUCUGAUGGUGAAGAAUUAGCCGCAACGCCUCCACCAUCACCAGAAGCUGGAGAUGAUAAUAAAAGACGUUCUGCAAGAAAUACGCAUCGUAAGAAAUAUGUGGAUGAUGUAAUGCUUAGAUUUUCAGAUGACGAUGUACCUCUUCAGGAUUCUCAACUUUCUAAAAAAGUAGAGGGUACAAAUACUGCAAAACCUGUUUCUGUUAAAAAGGAUAAUGAAGGUGGUGAAGUUGGACCUAAUAAACCUAACUUUGUAUAUAUAAAUACAACAGAUGAAGAUUCUAUGGUUGUGCAACAUAUUUUAUGUUCUCGUAUGGGAAAAAGAGAAAUUAAACCUACACUUCCAGAAAUGAAAAAUGAAACAUCUGAUGAAAAAAAUGAGAAUUCAUCUGAAAUAAAAAAUAAAGAAGAAGAAAAUGAAUCAAAAGAAGAAAAUUCUAGAAAAGAAUCUGAAACAAAUAAGGAUGAAAAUGAUAUUAAGAAUUCUGACGAUAAAAGUAUUAAUGAUAAUGUUACAAAAGAUAAAAGUAAAAAUGAAGUUAUAGAAUCAAAACAAGAAAAUACUACAAUAGACGUUAAACCUCAAAUAGUAGAAGUUGAGGAAUAUUUUGUUAAAUAUAGAAAUUUUUCAUAUUUGCAUUGUGAAUGGAGAACUGAAGAAGAGUUAUAUAAGGGUGAUAAACGAAUUCAAGCUAAAUUAAAGAGAUUCAAACAAAGACAGCAACAAAAUACUAAUAUAUUUGAAAAUACUGAAGAUGAUCCCUUUAAUCCAGAUUUUGUAGAAGUGGAUAGAGUACUUGAUGAGGCAACUCAUACUGAUCCAACAACUGGAGAAACUUUAAAACAUUAUUUAGUUAAAUGGCGAUCUCUUCAAUAUGAAGAUUCCACUUGGGAAUUGGAAGAAGAUGUUGAUCCAGAAAAGAUAGCUCAAUUUAUAAAAUUCAAUAAAGUACCUCCUAAAGAUCAAUGGAAGCCAAAAAAGAAACCAAAUGCGUCAUCAUGGGUAAAAUUAGAAGAAUCACCAAUUUAUAAAAAUAAUAAUAGUUUGCGACCAUAUCAAUUAGAAGGUCUUAAUUGGUUGCUUUUUUCCUGGUAUAAUGGACAUAAUUGUAUUCUUGCGGAUGAAAUGGGUUUAGGAAAAACAAUACAAUCCUUAACAUUUGUGGAUGCAGUAUACAAGUAUGGAAUUCGUGGACCAUUUUUAAUAAUAGCACCGCUUUCAACCAUUCCAAAUUGGCAACGUGAAUUCGAAAGUUGGACGGAUAUGAAUGUUAUAGUAUAUCAUGGAUCUGCAGCAAGUCGAACUAUGCUUCAAGAGUAUGAAGUUUACUAUAAGAAUGAAAAAGGACAACAAAUUAAAGAUUUAAUCAAAUUCAAUGUAUUGAUAACUACAUUUGAAAUAAUUAUAACAGACUUUAAUGAAUUACGAGGAUAUAAUUGGAGAUUAUGUGUUAUAGACGAAGCUCAUAGGUUAAAGAAUAGAAAUUGUAAAUUACUUGAAGGUCUCCGUCAAUUAAAUUUAGAACAUAGAGUUCUUUUAUCUGGUACACCUUUACAAAAUAAUGUCAAUGAACUUUUUUCAUUAUUGAACUUUUUGGAACCAGUACAGUUUUCUAGUAGUGAAGCAUUCCUUAAAGAAUUUGGUAAUUUGAGUAGUGAAAGUGAAGUCCAUAAAUUACAACUUCUUUUGAAGCCAAUGAUGUUACGCCGACUUAAAGAAGAUGUAGAAAAAUCGUUAGCUCCAAAAGAAGAAACAGUAGUUGAGGUGGAAUUAACAAAUAUACAAAAAAAAUAUUAUCGUGGUAUCCUUGAAAGAAACUUUUCUUUUCUUGCAAAGGGAACUACUUCAGCUAACAUUCCGAAUCUCAUGAAUACAAUGAUGGAAUUAAGAAAAUGCUGUAUUCAUCCAUUCCUACUUAAUGGUGCAGAAGAUCAAAUACAAUUGGAUUAUAAAACUGGUGAAAAAGAAGAUUCAGAAGCUUACUAUCAUGCAUUAGUAAAUAGUUCUGGAAAAAUGGUUCUAAUUGAUAAAUUAUUACCGAAACUUAAAGCCAGUGGUCAUAGAGUGUUAAUAUUCAGUCAGAUGGUGAAAUGUUUAGAUCUUUUGGAAGAUUAUUUAUUGUAUAAAAAAUAUCCAUAUGAAAGAAUUGAUGGUCGAAUUCGAGGAAAUUUAAGACAAGCUGCAAUUGAUCGUUAUAGUAAACCUGAUUCUGAUAGAUUUGUAUUUCUUCUUUGUACCAAAGCAGGGGGUCUUGGAAUUAAUCUUACAGCAGCAGACACCGUUAUUAUAUAUGAUAGUGAUUGGAAUCCACAAAAUGAUUUACAGGCUCAAGCUCGAUGUCAUAGAAUUGGCCAACAAAAAAUGGUGAAAGUAUAUCGAUUACUUUGCCGAAAUACUUAUGAAAGGGAAAUGUUUGAUAAAGCUUCUUUGAAACUUGGAUUAGAUAAAGCAAUUUUACAAUCUAUGAAUACAAGCCAAGGAGGUAAAGAUCCAAAUAAUAAGCAAUUAACCAAAAAGGAGAUAGAAGAUUUAUUAAAAAAGGGUGCUUAUGGUGCUAUUAUGGAUGAUGAUAAUGCCGGAGAUAAAUUUUGUGAGGAAGAUAUAGAACAAAUACUUGAACGAAGAACACAAAUUAUUACAAUAGAAGCAGAAAAAGGAUCGACAUUUUCAAAAGCUAGCUUUGCAUGUUCAUCUAAUAGAUCAGAUAUAAAUAUCGACGAUCCAGAUUUUUGGAAGAAAUGGGCAAAGAAAGCUGAGAUUGAUACAACAGAGAAAAAAGAAGAGGAUGAAUUAGUAAUAUCAGAACCAAGACGAAGAACGCAAAUUAAACGAUACGGCCAUGAUGAAUCUGUUGUUAUGUCAGAUCUUGAUAGUUCUGAUGAUAAUAGCGACGAUGAAACAAGUAGUGGGUUAACAGGUAAAAAACGAAGAGAUAAAUUUGGUAAGAAAACACGGAAAUUCUGUGACGAAUAUGUUCCACGAGAAGGUGAAGUAGUAUAUGGAAGUUGGGCACGAAGCGAAUGCUUUAAGGUAGAACGAGGCUUACUUACAUUUGGAUGGGGUCGAUGGGAAGAAAUUCUUCAACAUAGCCAAUUUCGUCGAGGAUGGCGUGAAGUUGAUGUAGAAGAUUGUGCACGAGUCAUUUUACUCUAUUGUCUUCGUUACUAUCGUGGGGAUGAAAAAAUUCGUAACUUUAUUUGUGAUCUUAUUACACCUGUAGAAAAUGGAGAAAAGAUCAAAACUGUAUGUGUUAACACUAGUGGACGAAAUAAUAGACAAAAGAAAAAAGGACGAGUCAGAGAAGGUAGAGAAACUCGUGGAUCAAUGAUCAAUGGAGGUCCAAAUGAUCCUAAUCAUUGGAGUAAUGCUGAAAAAUAUGAUGGAGAUAUAUUUCUUGAAAGUAAUUAUAGAAAACACUUGAGUCGUCAUGCAAAUAAAGUACUGUUACGUGUCCGAAUGCUUUAUUAUAUCAAACACGAGAUUAUUGGAGAUUUAGUUCAGCAUAUAUCUGAUGGAGUUCAUGUCAGUGCGUUGCGGAUAAACCCUCCACAGUUGACGGAACGACCAGCGAAAUGGUGGGACUCUCAAGCAGACAAAUCCUUAAUAGUUGGCUGCUACAAACACGGCUACGAGAAUUACGACCAGAUGAGGAUUGAUCCCGCGCUUUCUUUCAUUACAAGCUGCCCUCCCCCUUCCCAGACUCAGACCACACAAAAUAACAGUAGCAGCAGAGAUGAUACUAGUUUAGAGAAUGAUAUCGAAGAUGCUGAAUCUCUUGGAAUGAUAAAAGAUUCGAAAGAUUCUGAUAAAUUUAAUCGAGAAACACCUAGUGAUUCACCUGCUUUACCUAAUAAGGCAGAUACACCUGGACCUGAACCUAGUAGUAGUCAUGAAGGAAAUGAUGGCUUAUUAGAUGAUGAAAAGACUUGGCCUUCUGUGGUUGAUCUUAAUACUCGUUUACGUCGAGUAAUUUCUUCUUACCAGCGUAGCGUAAAAAAAGAGGAUGUAAAAAUAUUACAAAAAUCAAAAUCAGGAAUAGAAAGUGAUACAACUGUAAAUCAUGCAACUUCAAUAAAUGAACCACCUUUAAAUAUGCAAGGAUGGGAUUUACAACAACUUGCUAUGUAUCUUUUGAAGAUGGAAAGAAGAGAAAAAAUGGAAGCAAUGAUAAAAGAAAGAGAACGAACUCGUAUUGAAGAACAAAAGACUAAAUGGUCACGUCGUGAGGAAAGUGAAUUUUUACGAGUUGUAUCAACAUAUGGUGUUAAUUAUGAUAGAAAGAAAGCUCAAUAUGAUUGGACUAAAUUUAAGAGUAUAGCCAGAUUUGAUAAGAAAACUGACAAUGAUCUUACAGAUUAUUAUAUGUCUUUUAGAGCAAUGUGUAAAAAAGUAUGUAAUGCAAAAUUGAAUGAUGAAGAUGAUUUUUCAGACGUUCCUGUUGAUCAUCUUAGUCCUGCAAAAGCACGACAAAUACUAGAUCGAGUAGAUCUUCUAAGCAAAAUUCGCGAAGAAAUUUUAUCUCAUCCACAUUUGGAAGAAAGACUUUCAUUGUGUCAACCAUCAGGUGAUACACCUGAUUGGUGGCAACCUGGAAAACACGAUAAAGAAUUAUUACUUGGAGCAGCAAAACAUGGUUUAGGAAGAACUGAUAUAACUAUCUUAAAUGAUCCUGAUUUCUCAUUUCAUAAACUCUUAAAUAAAAAUAUAUACAGUAAUAUUCAAACAUCUAAAGUUACAGAUAAAUCUGAAAAAGCAAUUAAAAUUGAAAAUAGAGAAGAUAUAUUAAAAUUCGAUAAAGAUGAAAUACUUGUAAAAUUGGAAAAAGGUGAAGGUACUUUGAAAAUUGAAAAAGUAGGUGCAAAGAAAGAUAAAGAUAUAAAUACUAUAGACAAACGAUCAGAACAUAUGGAUUUAGAAAAGAGUCAAGUAGAAUUAACUAUUAUAAAAGCUGAAAAUAAAAAUGAAGAAAAACCUAUUAGUAAUGCACUAACUAUUACAACUGUUGCAAAAAAUAUGCCAUCAGAUAAGGAAUACAUUACUAAAAUAAAAAGUGAAGAAAAAAAUGAAGUAGUGAUAGAAUCAAUAAAGGGUGAAAUUUUUAAAACUGAUCAAGUAAUAGGAAUUAAUAAAACAGAUGAAGGAAAAAUAAGUAAUGUAACAACCAAUAUUGAAGAAACGACAUCUGUAAAAAUAGAAAAAGAGAAUCAAAAUAAAGAAAAAGAAGUUUCAACAGAAAGUGAUAAGGAUAUUCAAGAAGAAAAAUCAAAAGAAAUUCAAAUUCAAGAAAUAAAUGAAAAAAAUUUAGAACAAAAAGAUUCUAUAGAAAUAGUAGAAAAAUCGAUUGAAAAUAAUGAAAAUAACAUGUCUGAAAAUGAUAAAACUAAUAUAAAAAUAGAUAUUCCAAUUAUUAAAGAAGAAAUAGAAAUACAAGAAAGUAAAUUAAUAGAUACAUGCAAAGAUAAGGCAAAAGUAUGUAAGCUUGAAGAUAAAUGUAAUGUUCAAGCAGCAGAACUUAAAGCAAUGUUUCCCGAUUUGGAAGUUAUUCAACCAUUGUCACGAUUAACCCAAAUUGAUACGUUUGUUCUCCGUGACAAAGCAGUAGAUUAUAAUGAACCGACGGUUGUACAACUGUUAUCACAUAAUAGUAAUAAUGCUAUUAAAUGGCCAAAGGAGCAUGCAAUUGAAGCUCGUUUGAUGCAUAUUGUACAUGCAAUUGAGCAUAAAGAAUGGCCUGUAUCUAUAAAUUUUAGCGCUGGUGAUGAAUCAGAUGUAACUUCAAGUGAAAAAGAAUGUUCAGAAGUGAUAACUAUUACUACAGAUCAUGGAAUAUCACGUAAUACAACAAGUGGAAAUAAUAUUUCACAAUCUAAAAAACGUAAAAGACAUAUUGCAAUUGAUGUAGAAACUGAAAGAGCUAAACUUCAUGCAUUAUUGAACAGUAGUAACCAUACAGUUACGCAAUCACCUGCAACUUUAAGUAAACCUGCUGUAUUAUCUGGAUCUAAUACAUGGGAAAUAAAUGAUGAGUCACAGUCAGAAGAAUCGAGACGUUCAACACCGGUUCAACCACCUCCAGCACAUCAACAAACACGAACACCAAAUAUACCUUUUGAUUUAAAAUAUACAGUUCCUGGAAAACCUACUGUAAUUCCUGGAACUUCUAGCACUUUAACUCCUAUAGAUUUAUCUGCUGGAUAUCCAAAAACAAACACGGAUAAUAAUAAAGAUAUUAUGAAUGAGGUUCAAGACUUUUCAAUGCCAAAUAAAAAUAAACAAAUUAGUAGUAAUAAAGGGAAGUUAGAUAGUAUGUUAGACAAAUUAAUGAAAAGAAAAAAUUGUCCUACAGAUGAACCAAUAAUUGGAAAAGAGAAAAAACGGAGAAAACUUGAUGAAAUUGUGUUAGGAUUAAGUGCAGCAAAAGAACAACAAAGUAGUCACUAUCCUGAACAUAGUAAAAAAAAUACAAUUACACCAAAUGUAACUGUUACUCCAACUUCAGCGCCAAUAGGGCUUCCAAAUCCUCCAACAAGUACUCAAAAACCAUUUUCCAUUACUGUGACUUCAAUUCCUUCUUCACGAGCACCUUCUUCAAAUUCUACUUCUGGAUUACCACCUCCAUCUUUACAUUCACAUAAAGAUAGCUUUUCUGCUUUACUUGUUCAAGCAGAUCAACAAAAUCGAGAAUUUAAAAAACAACAACAUCAACAACAAUCUCAACAGCAACAGCAGCAGCAACAACAACAGCAACAACCAAAUUUUAAUUCAACCCAUUCAUCUUCAACAAGUACUCAUAAGAAAAGUUAUGAAGCAAUGAUUGCGGAUAUUAAUAAAGUUGCUGAAUAUUCUUCUAAAAUUGGAUCAUAUUCUCAUGAAGCUAAAGUAAAUAAGUGGUUAGCUGAACAAACUGCUAUGUCUGAACAAUUAGGUGCAGAAUAUUUAAAUGCACCUAGACGACGACGACCACGUGUUGAUCCAUCUUUAUUAGAUUGGAAAAAAUUGACUGGUGAAGAAAAUGUUGCUGUGAUUAAUAGAUUAACAGGCAAAAAGGUUACAGGUAGUAAAGCACCGCAAUUAAAACGAUUAGGUCAAUGGUUGAUUGAAAAUCCAAUGUUUGAUGUUGAUCCAAAAUGGGCUGAACUGGUAAAAGAACGUGGAAAUCUCCCACACGAUUUACAAAAAAGAUUAUCCGGAAAUGAUAGAAGUUAUGUUAAUAAGGGCAAGAGCCCAGGAAGACCACCUAUGAUGCCAAGUCCUACUAGUCAACAAUCUGCAAAUCAAGCUAAUUUAGCAGCUACAUCAAUGGCUUCAGGUUUAAACUUUCCUUCGCUCGGUAAUUUAAAUAAUUCUCUUCUGUCUGGUCUUUCUCUUGGCAAUUUUGAUCCGAAGAAUAAUCCUCUUUUAAUGCCAUUUGGUGGUUUACCUAAUCUGGGCGCAUUAAGCGGACUGGGCAAUCUCAGUAACUUAAGUAAUAUGAGUUUAACAAAUUCUUUAUUCGCAAAUCUUGCUGGUCUUGGUUUACCAUCUUUAGCAGGUAUGGAAGCUGCAUUGGGUGCAACAGCAACUAGCACAACAGCUGAGACCAAUCCUGUUGUUAGUUCUGUCAGCAGUAAGAACACAGGUUCAACUAAUAUUACUAGUGCUAGUAAAUCAUCUCGUAGUAAAUUGGAUCCUCCUACAAGUAAAUCUUCGGUGCCUUCAACUUCAUCAGCAUCGUCUACAAUAUCAACAACGACACCAUUUCCCUUCUUUUUCCCAAACCCUAGUCUUUUAUAUACACCGUUGGGUUUGGGUGGUUUAAAUCCAUUUUCCAUGCAACCGGGUGGAGUAUCAUCGGCCUAUGAAAGUCUUGCCCAAUGUGGGCUACUAAAUCCAUCCACUUCGAGUGCUUCAACAAUUCGUAAAUCUGCAUCUUCUACGAAUAAUUCGAGACAACGUGAUACAAUUACUGAAUCAACGACUAAACGAAAAGAUACAGAGAAGAAAUCUAGGUAUACUAUCGAUCCUACAAUAACAUUACAGCAGUAUACAGAUAUGACUUUACAUAAUGAAGAAAGACGUAGACUAGAACCAGAAAAACGGGAAACCGUGGAACAGAAUGAUGUAGCAGAUCUUUCUGAAAGACGUACUGAAAGGAAAAAUAAAGAACAAGAAAUGAAAGAAGCUCUGGAACAUUUAAGUAGAACUAGUGCAGAACUUUUAACAAGAAAUCUAGAAGAUCAACAACGAUUGAAUGAUAAAAGAAAUCGUAAUGAUCAUAAUCAAAGUUCAGAACAACAAACAUCAAGUAUGCUUGAGGUAACUCUUGAACCUGUUAAUAAAAAACCAAGAAUUGAAAUUGAAGUUAACACACGACCUGUAACAACUGCCGUAACAACCACUGUAACUUCAGAUAUAACAACAAUUGAAGAACAAGGAACGCGUUCAUCAAAUACAAUUAAACAAAGUUCUGUAGAAGAAAUUAAUGCAUAUAAUGAAACAUCUUUGAACACUAAUAAGAAAGAAAUAGAUGAAAUAACUGCUGCAGUAACAAGUAUUUCAACUACAGUUACAAUUGCAGUUGCAUCUACUGCCACACCUACAUCUACACCUACACGUACACCAACGCCUAUAUGUACGCCUACAUCUACGCCUACAUCUACACCUAUAUCUACACCUACACCACUGUCCAUAACUACACCUACAUCUACAACAUCGAUAACAACGGUUUUAGAAGAUGUAAUUGCAUCACAACAAAGUACUACUAAUAUUAAAAGUGAUUCAUCGAAGCUUUCAUCAGAAAUUGAAGAAGAUAAUAAAGGUACUAAAGGGAAAAAAGCGCGAAGUGGAAAACGAUUAAGUGUAGAACCUCCUCCAGAACGAAAAAAUCUUCGUUCUAGUGCUGGAAGACAAGCGAGAGCAGCGGCAGAACGACAAGCAAGAAUGGAAGGUGAACUGCAAUCAGAACAACAAGAAACUCACACAAACGAGUGAAGUGAAUUUUUUAAGUGAGUUCUAAAUAAUACUAGUGUUAAUGAUCAAAUCUUUUGUUGUUGCGAUUACUUUUCUGCAAAUUUCUGCAGUAUUCGCACAACAAUUUACAAAAAGUUAUUGAUUCAUAAACAUUUAUACAUAUAAAUGAAUCAAUAAAACAAUUCUUAAUUAAAUAGAGCACAAGUGCAUUCAAAGAACUUGAAAAAAAGAAAGAGAAACAUUAAAAUUUGAUUUUUCCUGUUUAUAUGGAAAUAAUGGGACAAAUACAAGUAAACCAUGUACACAUUACCAUUGCUAUCAUUGUGAAUGUAUAACAUUGAAGCUGUUAAGUACGAAGGCUGGCAAUAGUAUUUUAUCAUUCGAUAUAUUGUGUGGUAAUUAACUUUUAAUUAUAUAACAUUACAAUAACAAAAUAUAAUUUUGUUAAAUUUAUUAUUCUUUAUGAUCUUUAUUGGUUUUGACGAGGGACUGUUUUAUAUAACUGCUAUCUUACUAUUGCGUAGAUGCGCAACAAUUUGCGGAUCAUUCAAACAUAAGAUAUAAUCAUAAUGUAGUAAAGUAAAUCUAGUAAUAACUUAAUAAAAAACAGUGUAAAUAUUAUAUAUUAUGCCUAGAAAUUAUAAGUGAUUGUGUACUUGGAGAAAUGUAUAUAACACAGUGUACUUUUAAUUACAUUAGGUGAUACAAUAAACAGCUUUUUUUGUUGUUUGCAAAUGCCAA